AUGUCACAGCAACAUUUUACCACUCCACCGUCAAUUCUUGCACGAAAAAAAGAUGGCGAAGCACCAAAAAAGCAAACAAGAGAAGAAUAUCGACAACAGAAAGAACUCGAAGAACUACGAAAGGCUGGUUCCGCACCUGCCGAAGUCGAUGAAGAAGGAAAAGAUAUUAAUCCUCAUAUACCAAAAUAUAUGACUGAUGUGCCAUGGUAUGUUACCUAUGAUCAUGAAAAACCAACACUUAAACAUCAACGUAUUCAUCCAGAAAAAUCAAAACAAUUUGAUACUCUUAAUGAAUGGUAUGCUCGUGGUCAUGCUGAGAAAGUUGCCACACGUUAUCGUCCAGGUGCCUGUGAAAACUGCGGUGCAAUGACCCAUAAACGUAAAGAUUGUGUUGAUCGUCCACGUCGUUUAGGUGCUCGCUAUACUGGUUCCGAUUUUGCACCUGAUGAAUAUAUUCAAACCGAUAUAAAUUUAUCCUGGGAUGGAAAACGCGAUCGUUGGAACGGUGUUGAUAUUAAUUGGCAUCAACAAAAAAUGCAAGAUGAACAUCAACGUUUAGCUGACGCAAAAAAAGCUUUAAAAUCGAAAAAAUUAGACGAAGAAGCAGUGGCUGAUGAAGAAGCCGCUGCUGAAGUAGCCGCUGCUGAAGUAGCUGCUGCUGAAGCUGCAAUUGCAGAUCCGCUUGUUACGGUUGCUGCUAAACCAUCGGAAGCUGAUGAGAAAGUUAAAGCAAUAAAACCAACUAAAGUCGUCGAUUCCGACGAUGAUGAAGACGAUGAAGAAUACAAAUAUACUGACUCCAUGGACAUGCCCGGCCAACAUGUCGAUUCCAAACAACGUAUUAGUGUACGUAAUUUACGUAUUCGAGAAGAUACAGCAAAAUAUUUACUUAAUUUGGAUGCUGACUCAGCUUAUUAUGAUCCAAAAUCACGUUCUAUGCGUGAUAAUCCAUUUACCGGAACGAAUAAAGAUCCAUCACAAGUACCUUAUUUAGGUGAUAAUUUCGUUCGUUAUUCUGGUGAUGCAAAACAUUUUGCUAAAAGUCAAAUAUUUGCUUGGGAAGCAGCCGACAAAGGUGUUAGCAUUCAUACACAAGCUGAUCCAACUAAGCUCGAAUUAUUAAAUAAAGAAUUUCAUGAGAAAAAAAAUCAAUUUAUUAAAACGGUUGAACAACAAUUAAUUGAACGUUAUGGUGGUGCAGAAUAUUUAGAUAGUAUUCCACGUGAACUGGUCGUCGAAGCACAAACCGAAGAAUAUAUUGAAUAUAAUCGUCUGGGAAAAAUUAUUAAAGGUGAUCAACGUGCACCAGUUAAAUCAAAAUAUGUUGAAGAUAUUCAUGAAAAUGAACAUACAUCAGUAUGGGGUUCUUAUUGGCGCAAUCAUCGAUGGGGUUAUGCAUGUUGUCAUGCAUUAUUACGACAAUCCUAUUGUACAGGUACAAUUGUUGAAGAAAAAGAAAUUCAAUUUCAAGCAGAUACACCAAUUGAUGAUCCUAAUGAAGAUAGACCAAAAUCAUUAGUUGCAUUACAUCGAGAAAAAUUAAAUAAACAAAAAAUUCAACCAAAAGCUUCAACUGAAGAUAAAAAUUCAACAAUGAAAAAAUUAGAUAAGAAAAAAGUGCAAGAAGCAGCCAAAGAAAUAGAAAAACGCGAACGAUUAGCUGAAGAAAUAGAACAGAUUGACGAACGAAAACGAAAAUAUAAUUCAUUAAAAUCAGAUACUGUCGAUCAUAAAGAACCAACAGAAGAAGAGGUAGAAGCAUAUCGAUUGAAGAAACUUCGUCACGAUGAUCCAAUGGCACAAUUUAUGUUGAACUCUUAA